AUGCAAAGAGUAUAUGCUUUCGAAGAUGGUGAUGGAACCAACAAGAAACUUCUUGGAGGAAAGGGUGCUGGACUUUGCACAAUGACAAAAAUUGGACUUCCAGUUCCACAAGGAUUUGUUAUUACAACAGAAAUGUGUAAACAAUUCAUUGCUAAUGGAAAUAAGAUGCCAGAAGGAUUAAUGGAAGAAGUUAAAAAGAAUAUGCAAUUAGUUGAAAAGAAAUCAGGAAAAGUAUUUGGAGGAGAUGAAAAUCCACUUCUUGUUUCAGUCAGAUCAGGAGCUGCUAUGUCUAUGCCAGGUAUGAUGGAUACUAUUCUUAAUCUUGGACUUAAUGAUAAAACUGUUGUUGCUCUUGCUAAAUUAACCAACAAUGAAAGAUUCGCAUAUGAUUCAUACAGAAGAUUUGUUUCACUCUUUGGAAAGAUUGCUCUUAAUGUUGAUGAUGAAGUUUAUGACAAGACUCUUGAAAAUAAAAAAAUUGAAAAGGGAGUUAAAUUAGAUACAGAAUUAGAUGCUAAUGAUAUGAAAGAACUUGCACAAGUUUUCAUUAAAAAGACAGAAGAAUUCACUAAACAACCAUUCCCAGUUGACCCAUAUGCUCAAUUAGAAUUUGCUAUUUGUGCUGUUUUCAGAUCAUGGAUGGGAAAGAGAGCUGUUGAUUACAGAAGAGAAUUCAAAAUUACUCCAGAACAAGCUGAUGGAACUGCUGUUUCAGUUGUUUCUAUGGUUUAUGGUAAUAUGGGUAAUGAUUCAGCUACUGGUGUUUGUUUCACUAGAGAUCCAGGAACAGGAGAAAAUAUGUUCUUUGGAGAAUAUCUUAAGAAUGCACAAGGAGAAGAUGUCGUUGCUGGUAUUAGAACACCACAAAUUAUUUCAAAGAUGGCAGAAGAUGCUGAUCUUCCAGGUUGUUAUGAACAACUUCUUGAUAUUAGAAAGAAAUUAGAAGGAUACUUCCAUGAAGUACAAGAUUUUGAAUUCACUAUUGAAAGAAAGAAACUUUACAUGCUUCAAACUAGAAAUGGAAAGAUGAAUGCUACUGCUACUGUUAGAACAGGAGUUGAUAUGGUUGAAGAAGGACUUAUUACAAAAGAACAAGCUAUUAUGAGAAUUGCACCACAAUCAGUUGAUCAAUUACUUCAUAAGAAUAUGCCAGCUAAUUAUUCAGAAGCACCAUUAGUUAAAGGACUUCCAGCAUCACCAGGAGCUGCUACAGGAGCUGUUGUUUUCGAUGCAGAUGAUGCAGUUGAACAAGCUAAAGGAAAGAAAGUUCUUCUUCUUAGAGAAGAAACCAAACCAGAAGAUAUUCAUGGAUUCUUUGUUGCUGAAGGUAUUUUAACAUGCAGAGGAGGAAAAACAUCACAUGCAGCAGUCGUUGCUAGAGGUAUGGGUAAACCAUGUGUCUCAGGAGCUGAAGGAAUUAAAGUUGAUGUUGCUAAGAAAGUAGCUAAGAUUGGAACUCUUGAAGUUCAUGAAGGAGAUAUUUUGACCAUUGAUGGAUCAACUGGAUGUGUCUAUAAAGGAGAAGUUCCAUUAGAAGAACCACAAGUUGGGUCAGGAUAUUUCGGAACUAUCUUAAAAUGGGCCAAUGAAAUUAAAAAGAUUGGAGUAUUUGCAAAUGCUGAUCUUCCAUCAGCAGCUAAAAAAGCACUUGAAUUUGGAGCUGAAGGUAUUGGACUUUGCAGAACUGAACGUAUGUUCAAUGCAGUUGAAAGACUUCCAAUUGUUGUCAAGAUGAUUCUUUCAAAUACACUUGAAGAAAGAAAGAAAUAUCUUAAUGAACUUAUGCCACUUCAAAAACAAGAUUUCAUUGGAUUAUUGAAGACUAUGAAUGGACUUCCAGUUACAGUCAGACUUCUUGAUCCACCAUUACAUGAAUUCCUCCCAACUCUUGAAGAGUUAAUGAGAGAAAUCUUUGAAAUGAAACUUUCAGGUAAGACUGAAGGACUUGCAGAAAAAGAAGUUGUUCUUAAGAAAGUUAAAGAACUUAUGGAAGUUAAUCCAAUGAUUGGACAUAGAGGAAUUAGACUUGGAACUACUAAUCCAGAAAUUUAUGAAAUGCAAAUUAGAGCAUUCUUAGAAGCUACUGCAGAAGUUAUUAAGGAAGGAAUUAAGACACAUGCAGAAAUUAUGAUUCCAAAUGUUACAGAAGUUAAUGAACUUAUUAACUUAAGAAAGAAUGUUCUUGAACCAGUUCAUGAAGAAGUUGAAAAGAAAUAUGGUAUUAAAGUACCAUUUAUGUAUGGUACUAUGGUUGAAUGUGUUAGAGCAGCAUUAACAGCUGACAAGAUUGCUACUGAAGCAUCAUUCUUCUCAUUCGGAACUAAUGAUCUUACUCAAGGAACCUUCUCAUACUCACGUGAAGAUUCAGAAAACAAAUUCAUUCCAAAAUAUGUUGAACUUAAGAUUCUUCCAGCUAAUCCAUUUGAAAUUCUUGAUAGACCAGGUGUUGGAGAAGUUAUGAGAAUUGCUGUUACUAAAGGAAGACAAACAAGACCAGAAUUACUUGUUGGUAUUUGUGGAGAACAUGGAGGAGAACCAUCAUCAAUUGAAUGGUGCCACAUGAUUGGAUUGAACUAUGUUUCAUGUUCUUCAUACAGAAUUCCAGUUGCUAGAAUUGCUGCUGCUCAAGCCCAAAUUAGACAUCCAAGAGAUAAUUAA